AUGUCCUCUUGAUGCUUCUCGGUUCUCCCCUUCGCUCCCGUGUGAUUCUGCUUCGAGUUCGAUUCGGACCUCUUGAAGCUGAUAUCUCUCGACUAUUAUCGAACCGAUUCUGGAACAACGCGGACGCUGACACUCUCGCGAACUCGAGUUAAGAUCAAAGGCGGUCCCAAUUACGACUCCCAUCCAGCUCUUGGCCUCGCCCGCGUCCACGCCCUCACGUCGACGCUACUCCUUCAUUCUUCCCUUUCCAAGGUUGCUGGCCGCCGCAUCCCCUCUCUACACUGCUUUCGCUGCUCAACAUCGCCGGGUUAAACUUUACUUGAGACAUUUUUCUUCUACACGUGGUCUACGUAAUGGAUAUAAUCUCUCAACUUCAAGAACAAGUUAAUUUACUUGCCCAUCUUGCUUUUAAUACCAUUGGGACAUUGCAAAGGGAUGCUCCUCCUAAUCGGCUGUCACCAAAUUAUCCAGAACCACCUGCGCAUCCUACAGAGGAUGCUGCAAAUUUUGCAGAACAACCCAAGCUUAUGAGUGCUGCAUUGGUAAAGGCUGCAAAGCAGUUUGAUGCAUUGGUUGCUGCGCUUCCCAUAUCUGAGGGAGGGGAAGAAGAACAACUUAAGAGGAUUGCAGAAUUACAGGCUGAAAAUGAUGUAAUAGGCCAAGAACUUCAGAAGCAGUUGGAAGCCGCAGAGAAGGAAUUAAAUCAAGUGCAGGAGUUGUAUAGGCAAGCAUCAGAUAACUGCCUGAACUUGAAGAAACCAGAUUAAAGCGUCCAUUCAAUUCUUCGUGUUAUUUUGCAGAAGGCUAGGAGAUUAGCACUUUGUAUAUGGAGGCGCGAACUUUAUCUUUUCUCUUGACAUGAAACAUCAAAUCUGCCGAAAAUAGCUUGACCUUCGUUCUCUGAUGUGACCUGUACAUGCUAUGAAGAUGGUAUUUGUGCUAGAAACUGAGUUAGCAGUGGUCAGAUAUGUUGAAUAUUUCUACCUCUUCAUCUUUUUGUUUUUUUGUUUUUUAAAUGUGAUAACAUCUACCUCUUCAUCUUUUACCAUAAAGAAAAAGGCUUAUAAUUAUUUCUUU